AUUCUACUACAGUUUGGAAAGAAGAAAAAGAAAAAAAAAACAUAAAAUGUAAAACUGAAAAAUAUAAAAUAAAAAAAAUGAAUAAAAUAAUAAUGAAAUGAAAAUAAAAAUCGGUAAAGAAAUCAAAUUGUUUUGUGUGAAAUGGGGAAUAUGACAACGAAUGGAUGGAUGGCUUUGGUUGGGUUGGAUACUGUUUUUAAAACUGAGGCUGCUGUUACUGAUGUUUGUAGUUGUUGCUUGUUUUUUUUCUAUAUGGUGGUUGAUUUUUAUAAUGAUGUUGGUGUAUUUGGAAUAGAUAGUGUUGUUGUUUGUAUGUUUUUUAUUAGUAGUUUUUUUAAGAGGAUUUACACUUUGCUCUAAUGUAGAGUGGUGGAUUGUAGGACGGCCAGCAACAACAACAACGACACAAACUAAACGACAUUAGGCAAAGUGGAAAGAAAUACAAAAAGAAAAAAAAACAACUCAACUUGUACACGACGACAAAAUAAUAAAAAAAAACAACGUUGACGAUGAUGAUGACGAACAAGAAGAAGAGACGAAUCCACCAGUACAACAAAUAAAGCAACGAUUUGUUUUUGGCCUACGCGAUCAAUGAGGAGCAAGAGGACUGCUCAGUCGUGGUAGCAGUGUCGUAAAUAAGAGAUCGUCGUCGUUUUGUAUUUUUUUAUAUAUAUAAUUUAAAGGCGAACGGAAAAAGUUAAUAAUACAAAAUAAAAUUUAUAUUUUAAGAAAAAAUAAACAGAAAAACAAGUGUUAAAUGAAAAUUAAAUAAAAUUUUAUAAAAGAAUUUUAAACAAAAAUAUAAAAUUAAAAAAAAGAGUUGUUGAAAAUUAUGUUAAAACUUUAACAACAAAAAAGUUUGGAAAAUUGUAAACAACAACAACAUUUAUACGUCAGGAUUAAUAAUCUUCUAACUUAAAAUAAUUUAUUACUACAUAUCUAAAGUUUUAAGUUGUUUUGUUAAAACAAACAACUAAAACGGCUUACAAAUGAAGAUGGCUUCACAGAGAUUUUGUUUACGAUGGAACAACCAUCAGAGUAAUCUUUUAUCGGUUUUCGAUCAGCUGCUGCAUGCAGAAACUUUUACCGAUGUCACAUUGGCCGUUGAUGGUCAAUAUCUUAAAGCACACAAAAUGGUCCUCUCUGCCUGCAGUCCCUAUUUUAAUGCUUUAUUCCUCAAUCAUCCCGAAAAACAUCCAAUUGUUAUAUUAAAAGAUGUUCCAUAUGCCGAUAUGAAAUCACUAUUGGAUUUCAUGUAUCGCGGUGAGGUGUCCGUUGAUCAGGAACGUCUUACCGCCUUUUUACGGGUAGCCGAAAGUUUACGCAUUAAAGGCUUAACAGAGGUUAACGAUGAUAAGCCCACAAAUUCGGAACCCACACCCCAGCCUCCGCAAUUGCAACGUAUACAACCGUAUAUGGUGCAACAGCAGCAACAGCGUCAUAAAUCCCAUCAAACAUCAGCAAUGAAUAGCAGUAGUCAUAGUGGACAAAAUUCAUCAUCACAACAGCAUUUACAGCAACAACAGCAACAGCAAACAUUGCUUAGCUCUGCCCUGGCAUCAAUGCCUAAGAGAAAACGUGGCAGGCCACGUAAACUAUCGGGCAGUGAUGAUGGUGAUUACGAUGAAUUCGAUGGUGAAAUGGGUGAUGGUAAAAUGUGCAAUGAUUCUUAUUCCGGCAAUGAUGAUGGUUCCGAUGAUAAUCAAAGAGAUUCUGGCAAUAAUGAUGAUUUAAAUGAAAGUCGCGAUUCUGUCUCACCCUCUAAGAAAUCAAAACAACAACAACAAAUGAAGGAUAUUAGAAAUCAACAGCAACAAGAAGACAACAGCACUUCCGUACAUCUUAUUACCAGUACUCCGGAAUUGUCACAACGAUUAUUUGGUGUCAAUAAAAACAACUUUAACAAUACCACCACAAUACCCAUAACCACAACAACUGCAUCCACAAAUAACAACAGCAACAGUACAUUGAUAUCACUACAAGCUCCCACACAAAAUACAACAGCAACAAAAUCCGCAGCUAUAGAAUUCAAUGAAGCCUUAACAGCACAUUUGCCCACCGUAUUAGGUUUGAAAAUUAAAAGUAAUUUACAACAAAAUGUUACAACAACAGCUGGACAACAACAACAGCAGCAGCAGCAACAACAAGCUCAACAGCAGCAACAAACAUCUACAGUGCCAAUUAAUACUAAUCCCAACUCGUUAUUAAAACAACAAUUACGAGCCGGACUUAAAGAAUUAAUCGAUGUUACCAUAACAAAUGCCACCAACACCACCAAUACUUUGAGUCAAACUAACGCUCCCAACGCUAACUCCAAUACCAAUGUCAGCCAUUUGGAAACUCAAGAGGCCUGCUCAGCCUUACAAUCUCUGGCCAAUGUAGCUGAACGUCAGGCUCAAAAUAACAUACAACCACCAUCGGCCAAUAAUUUACAUCAUCAAUUCCUUUUACAUAUGGCAGCAAAUCCUAUACUUAAAUCCAGUGGAGAAUUUUUUCAACAACAAAACGCCUUGUUGAUGAGGGAGGAGGAACAUAAUUUGGAUUUGUUAAUGGAUCAAAGUGACAAAUCCGAUCCGGAAAUGUUAACAUUGGCCGAUGAAAAUGCCGGUUUAGAUUAUAGCACUGGCAAUGAAACCGGUGGUGGUAAUCAAACAGGCAGCAAUGAACAGUUGGAUACAUCAACCAACUCGGGAAGCAAUAAUAAUAACGAUGGUUCGAAUAAUACAACACCACGUGCUAAAAAUUCUUCCGGCAAACCUGUACAGCGCAGGCGCAUAAGACGUAAAGCUCAAUCUUCUAUAGACGAUCAAGCUGAACAAUUGACUGAGAUGUCAGUUAGAGGUUUAGAUCUCUUCCGUUAUGCCAGUAUAAACGAGGGUGUCUAUCAGUGUACCGAAUGUGCCAAGGAAAAUAUGCAGAAAACCUUUAAAAACAAAUACAGUUUUCAACGUCAUGCCUUCCUUUAUCACGAAGGCAAACAUCGUAAAGUCUUCCCAUGUCCCUUGUGUGGCAAGGAAUUUUCUCGUCCUGAUAAAAUGAAAAAUCACAUGAAAAUGACUCAUGAAUCGUUUGUGGCCAAGGAAAUACAAAAUUUUAAUCCUUUAAAUUAUUUAAUAACGGCUGCUGGUGAAAUGCAAGCUUCCUUUACAACAACCAACACUACUAAUACACUAACGUCCAGCAAUGUGGUGUCGACACCACAGCCUUUAUUAAAUCAACUACAGGCCAAUAAUCCCGCUUUAAGUAUAAUGAUUAAUAAUAAUGAUAAUAAUGAGGAGACGGGACUUAAUUUAACGCAACAGCAGCAGCAACAGCAACAACAAGAAAAUCUUAAUGAUUUUAAUUUACACAAACCCUUGAAAUUUCCCACUGAUAUUGAAAUUAAAAAUGAAAUUGUAAUCUCACCUUCACCAUCCCCACCGCCAGUAACACAGCCACAAACUGUGUCAAAUAUUGGAAGUUUUAGCAGUAACAACACCUCUACUCCCAUUUCUUUAGCUGAAACACUAUCAAUGCUCAAAACUACGGUACAAACUACCAGCAGCAACGCCACACAAUUAAAUGCCCAGAGAUUGGAAGAGGUGAAAUAAGCAGUAUAGUUGAGAUUCACUGAAAAGGUUUUCCCUUACUGCAGUUGUGUAUUUUUAGCACAAUAACAACAAAAAGACUUGGUAAUUUUUUAAUUAAUUUAAUUAAUACUAUUUUUAAAGCAAUUAAUGAAAAUGAAACUUCACAAAACUGAAAAUAUUGCACAAUUUUUACUUAAGUUUAAUUUAAUUAUAUGAUAAUACCACAACACUUACUUAUUUUUAAGAUUUUAAUUAUAUUAAUUUAAUUUGGGAAUAAUAACACUGUGCUGUUCCAAUUUUAAAGUUUAAUACAAAUUGGUGUUGAAUAUUUACAUACAUACAUUAUUGGUUUAAACAUAGUUUAAUUUAAAUUUUGUGUGUUUUUAGGCCGAGUUUUUCAUUCUUUGGUUAAACC